GACACGCGUCGCGCCGGAAAUCGGUUGAUCCAGGACUAAAGCGUUUCCCUGAUCGUGAUAACUCAAUGUGAAGUAGAUAAGAACGUUAAACACUGAUAAUUCAACUCCGUUCAUUCAUCUAUCCAAUUAAUCUCCUAAUGAAAAGUCCACCUAGUGCAAUCCACGUGUCUUCCACUCCGUUUUAUCCAGCACCCAGAAAAUAUAAAAAUACCAAUUUCUAACGGUUCGAUUGAAUGAAAUAAAUUGUGAAAUUUGUGGUGAAAGAUUAUUUUUGGAAGAAAUGAUAUAAGAAUUUUUUAGAGACCAUUUUUGACGAGUUUUUUAACUGUUUACCCUCCUAACAUUCCUCGGCGAGAAUUUUUGCACAUGUGGAGUGUCCGAAAGUUUAUUUAGCACACGUAUUCCCUCCAGUGACACACCGAUGCCUUCCCCACCCCUAGAUACACCCCAGCAGAUAAUUAAUACCUAAAGUGCUCCAAGUGAUUUUAAUAUUAAAAUUAAAAAAAAAAACAACUCCCGGAGAUGGUCUGAGGCGUGGUCUGACGACACUCGGUAUUUUCUACUCACCCGUCAUCCCACCUAAGAUUCGCUCGAGGAAUCGUCAGGGAUUCGGGGGGAUUUUCGUGAUGGUCAACAUGGCUGUGAAUUUAUGACAAUUCCAGCAAUCAGGGUAACUCACAAGUGCUCACUAAUCCCCACUUAGGUUGACCCCAAGUGAGCUGGAGCAAAAGAGCAUUGAAGAAGUACAAGCUCGAGGAAAAAUAACUCGGGAAUUGAGUUGAUUCCGCUGUUUUUAGAAUUAAAUCAGUGAAGCCUCAAAGUGGCUAAAAGCGUAAGUCCACUUCGUAGCUGCCACCAGGAGUUGGCCUCCAGUUUGGAGUCACAGGUGGAGGCUGAGGAUAAGCGUGGACCGAGGCGCAUGCCUUACCUCGGGCCUGACAUGACAACCCGGCUGUCCGCCAUGUUUUACACGGUCGAGGUCGGGGACACAAAGUUCACCAUCCUCAAGCGAUACCAGAAUCUCAAGCCCAUUGGCUCUGGCGCACAGGGAAUUGUCUGCGCUGCCUAUGACACUGUUACUGCACAAAAUGUCGCCAUCAAGAAGCUCUCCAGGCCAUUUCAAAACGUUACGCACGCCAAAAGGGCGUACAGGGAAUUCAAACUCAUGAAACUUGUGAAUCAUAAAAAUAUAAUCGGUCUGUUAAAUGCAUUUACUCCCCAACGAUCCCUCGACGAGUUUCAAGACGUCUAUUUGGUGAUGGAGCUGAUGGACGCCAAUCUGUGCCAAGUCAUUCAAAUGGACCUCGACCACGAGCGCAUGUCCUAUCUCCUGUAUCAGAUGCUCUGCGGCAUAAAGCAUCUCCAUUCAGCCGGCAUCAUUCAUAGAGACUUGAAGCCAAGUAAUAUCGUCGUCAAGUCGGACUGCACUCUCAAGAUAUUGGAUUUCGGCUUGGCAAGGACCGCUGGUACGACAUUUAUGAUGACCCCGUACGUUGUCACACGCUAUUACAGAGCACCUGAGGUCAUUCUUGGUAUGGGAUACAAGGAGAAUGUAGACAUUUGGUCAGUCGGAUGUAUAAUGGGCGAGAUGAUAAGGGGUGGAGUACUCUUUCCUGGUACUGAUCAUAUUGAUCAGUGGAAUAAAAUUAUCGAACAACUUGGAACACCAGCACAAGAAUUCAUGCAACGAUUGCAGCCAACAGUACGAAACUACGUGGAAAAUAGGCCUCGAUACAUGGGUUAUCCCUUCGAGAGGCUAUUCCCGGAUAUUCUCUUUCCCACAGACUCCUCGGAGCACAAUAGACUGAAAGCGAGUCAAGCGAGGGAUUUACUGUCGCGCAUGCUGGUGAUCGAUCCUGAACGACGUAUCUCGGUCGAUGAUGCCUUGCUGCAUAAUUAUAUCAAUGUGUGGUACGACGAGGGCGAAGUUAAUGCUCCUGCACCAGGCCCCUACGAUCACAGUGUGGACGAACGAGAGCACACAGUGGAUCAAUGGAAGGAAUUAAUUUAUCAAGAGGUCAUGGAGUAUGAGACAAGCCAUAAUCCAUCAGCAACACCCCAGUCAUCAGUCGAUACUGUUGCUGGAUCACGGUAGACACGCCGGAUGUGUCAAAUGUUACGUUUCCUGGAAGAAACGAAAUAUUGUUCCCAAAAAUUUCACUCUAAUUACUAAUUGAAAUCUUAUUCCGCCCGAAUUUGUUUUUCUUUUGUAAUCUAGAAAAAAAAAUCGAGAGGUCGAGCAACAAAAAACAAAUUCAUGUUUUAGAGUAUUUGUUUUUUCUGGAGUUUGAUUGUACACAUUUUUAUCCUAUUUUGAGAGCUUUUCAUGGGAAUUGCAUGGCCCGUAUGUCUCCUUUAUGCCUGGCAAACACGAGCACAUCAUUCACAGUGUUUUUUUACCCCUUUUUGCCUCUAUUUUCAUAUCGUUAUGGGAGUAGUCCACUUGGGGACGAUUUAUUGUCACUGGAUUUAUUGUUGCUCGAAUAUUUCGGACAAUCAUGCUUCACCAUUCAAAAAUAGUUAAAAUUUUAGAGUUUUGAAUGAGGAAUUGGCAGUCGACUGGAAAAAAUAGUUGGAAAUUGAAUGAGUUAAUUUCAUUUUCGAGAACAGCAGUUCAGUUUUUUUGAAAGAGUGAAAUUCAAUGGUUUUUCUUCAUUCUCAAGACAUUUUUUCAAGUGAAAAAUGAUACGAAUUUUUUUUUUCCUCCAAAAUGAAAUCAACUAAUUCUGUUUCAAUCUCUUCACUUCUGUGUUGCUCGACAAAGCGGUUCGAUAAUUACCAAUUUCCUUUCCACAAAUAAUUUAUUGCGACUGCCCCAAGAAUGUACAGUGCAGAGAGAACAAAUCGAUUUGGAUAAAGUGGAGAAUUAAUGAAAUUAUCGUUGUGAAUUUUUUUAAAUUGAAUUGAUCUAAGUUUCAAGGGCCCACCAGUGGCCCAUUGUACAUUUAGUCUGUCAUGAAUAAAUUCUAUUUGUUAUAGAUUGAAAAAUGUAGCUAAGAGUGAAAAAAAUAACUGGCGAUUGUGUCGAGUAUUCAAAUAAAUGAAAAUUCUUGUGACACAUCGAGGAGGUGAAUUCGUGCAAAUUGUAAUUUGUAAAACCGUUGAAUUUUUAUUUUCCACUGAAAUGAAUAGUUAUGUGAAUAUAUUGCUACAGUCCGAUCCAAAUAAUCAAGCUUUUGUAAUACUAAUUAUAAUAAAGUAAUAAUAUGGCUAAUUGAGUAUAUAAAUAUUAAAUGAAAUAAUUAUUGAUAAUUGCAUUGCACACGAGGUUUAAACUAGUUUGUUUGUAUGGAUGUGUGUGUGUGCGAAGUGAGAGGGAGAGAGUGCGAAAUUUGUCUGAAGAAUUUUGAGAAUUUUAUGAGGUUCGAAUAAGUAAGCCUGGGAAUUUUAUGAUUUUUUUUAUGGACUUUGGUUUUAUGGAAAUGUCGCUUGAUAUUCGUGUGCUCCAACACUUGAUCCACUCAAUGGACAGGGUAUAGACAAAAUAAAACAGUUGAAUUUGUACUUCUUCAUAUCGAUGAAAUUCACCCGAUGUCCAAAAAUAUGAAUAUUACUGUAUGUUAAUUUAUUAUGUAAUUGUGGGGAAUGAGGAAUUUAUUUUUUUUGCCACUAGCAAUAAUUAUCGAACUAUUUUUGUGGAAUGGCUUGUUUGAAUUGAAUUCCUGGAUUAUUGAGAACUAGGAGAUAAUGAUGAAAUUUUAUGUUUGUAAUCUUUUUCUUUUGUUAUAACUUCAUUCUAAUAAUAUUCUUUCUCUGAAAUAUUUUCUAAAGAUUUUUUACUUCUGCCUUUUUUAAUAAUGUUUCAAUGGUGAUAAUGAUCGUGAUUCGAGAUGGAUAGUUGAAUGACACAAAUUAUACAUUUAUAAAUACAUCACGGAGGGGUGAAUACAGAAUAAAGCAGAAUAGAAUUUAAGAGUGAACUGACGGUUCAUACGAUAAUUGGCUAAAUUAAUGAAAAAAUUAUUCAUUAGGAAAAUACACACGAAAUGGAUUACGAAAAAAUAAACAGAUGUCAAGGGGUAAAUCGUAAUGGGAGAUUGUUCACAUUAGCAGAGUGCAUUGCAUGAUUCUAGACGAAAAUGUCGAGAGAUAUUUUUUGCAGCUGAGAAAAGUCUCUAUAAAAAAAAGUCUCUUGAAAUUUUCUCUCACCACUCAUUCCCAGGAUAACUCUCCACUCAACAAAACGUGAAAAAUCAGCUCUUCACGUUUCACCACCUCUCUCCUGUAGUAAUAAUUCCCUGGCCCUUAAAAGAUUCCCCAAAGGACUCCUCUAGCAUCCCCCGAAGUCCAUUUCGAGUGCAAAUUAACAACCAGAGGAAUGCCUGUCUCAAAUCGAAAAUUAAAAAACCCAAAAAAAAAUUCAAUAAUUGAGCAAGAACCCAACAGAACACCCUAAUUCUGCUUUUUAGACGUAGAACUAGCCUAGACCCGCGAUUAUUUUUUACGUACUCUAGAAAGUUGAGCGUCAAGCGAGUGAAACAACUGUUUAAUUAAACAAAAAAAAAACUCGAAACGAAAGGUAAAAAAAAUCUAAGAGACUUCGCAGUGCCUCUUGAUCUCGGAGGUAAUGGGCUGCGCAUUGUACAGCUUUUUCUUCAUUGUUCUCACUGGGGCAUUAAAAAAGCCAAAAAGAAGAGGAACGAGUCGCUGGCGCUGACUCGUGUUCGUUUUUUUCUACGUUUUCCAAAAAAAGAAAAUACAAAAAAAAAAUGAUGAGAAGGCAAACACGGGACAUUAUGAUAAGUCUCUUCUUUUCGUGCAUGUGUGUGGGUGUAUGUGCGUGUGAUGAAGGGGAAAAAGAAUAUUCGUAAAAGAGCAUGAGAAUGGAUGGAAAAAUGCUCAGAGAAAAAGAAUUUCUGAAGAGACAGAAUAAUAUGAAAGAAAAAAAAAAUGCGAAUGAAGUAGAUAGACACUUAGCCGAUGUGUAAUAGUUGCAACUAGAGCUAGUAGCCGAUAAACACAAGAAAAAUGAGAGAAAAAAAAUAAAAUAAACAACAGCAAACAAAUAAUAAAAUAAAUAAAUAAUGGAAGAAAACAUGUAGUCGAUUUUAGCAGUGCAAGUAGAUGAAGUUAGUUCGGUAGUUGAGAUGAGAAAAAUUGCGCAGUGUAAUCAUAAUUUAUUAUAAAUAUUAUCGCAAUUAACGUUUAAUUAAACAUUAUGUUACCUCUUCUGUAAAUAAAGUACGAUAAUAAUUAUUAUAAUUAUUAUAGGGCUAAGGGGAAUGUGUAAGGAGACAUUGGGGUGAGGAUGGAGUUGACGUUUUGAAUUUUCUGUGGAGGGGGGAAAAUUAAUAAAACAUGGAAUGCAAUAAACCCGUGUGUGAAUCGAUUCAA